AUUCCUUCAACACAUGCCCAGGCUUCAGAAUGAAUUCAAAUUUCGAAAAGCUAGAUUAUUCGAUUGUCGAUGUCUUCACUGACAAGAGAUACGAAGGCAACCCUCUAGCAAUUGUUCGCCUCCCAGCCUUAAGCAAAGUUACCCAGGAGCAGAAACAAAAUAUUGCAAGGGAGUUCAACCUGUCGGAAACGACAUUCCUGCAUGAACCGACAAGCGAUGGUUCAUGUGAAUGGACUGUUGACAUCUUCAUGGUCAAUGCCGAAUUGCCCUUUGCUGGACAUCCUACCAUCGGCACGGCUUGUCUUGCUUUGUCGGAAGUUGCAGAGAGGUCCAAUUCUCAGGGCAUCAUUCAGGGAACAUUCAAUCUGAAGGCUGGUCCUGUCCAGCUUCAGUAUGAUACUACAAAAAAGACCGCGAAAGCGGCCAUUCCCCAUGAUGUUCAUGUUCAUGACAGAACCUGGUCUCGAGAUGAGUUGCUUGCCCAGCAACCUGCGCUGGCCGAGUUCGUUGAAGACAAUGUGAAGAUCCCCAUUGUUUCUAUCGUCAAGGGCAUGACCUUCAUACUCAUCGAGCUCAAAAGCCUGGACGCCCUUGAAAUGGUAAAGUUGACCACGAAGGUUAAUGUUGAUAAAUUGGACCAAGGAUGGGACAAGACUUUCGUGGGGACGUACUACUAUGUUCAGACUUCGAAAUCCGAAAAUGUGCGCCAAUUGAGAACGAGAAUGAUCGAAGGGUCACUCGAAGAUCCGGCUACCGGAAGCGCAGCCAGCGACCUUGCGGCAUAUCUGUCUCUUCAGCAUGGAAAGCCCGGCCAGACUCUCGAAUUUUCGAUAACGCAAGGGGUAGAGAUGGGCCGAAGAAGCGAGAUCGCUGUGUCAGUGGAAAUGGGAGCGGAAAAAGGGAUUAAUACUAUCACCCUUGGCGGAGGUGCUAUUCCUGUGAUGGAAGGUCGACUGCAGGUCUAAAGGUAUUGACUAGGAUUUGUAUUGUUCCACAGACCGUCAUGCUGCUGCACGGCAUCAAUCUUGCAACUCCAGUGCGUCCAAGAUGUAAUUCGCGCUUAGCCAAGUCGCAUCUCCGCUUCCAUACACCCCC